GGCUGUUUGGGGCUGUUUGGGCGCAUCAGGAAUGGGGAAUGGGGAAUCGACCAAGUGAGGGGUCGUGAUGAUGCGCAGCGCAGCUAACAUGAUCGGAUGCAGGUUGGGGACCCGAGCAAACGACCCAAUUCGAGGCUGGAUGAUGAUGGCAGUAUUUCAGCUUGGAUGACAUAUUUGUCCUGUCACUUACAAUGACUUCGAGUCUAUCCUUCAUCGCCCAGCGAUUAUGGAAUGCCUUGGAAAGAAGGUAGAGGUAAAAUCUCUGCGCUCCUAACCUAGACGCGAUGAGGGGAGAACGCGAAAAAUACGCGCAUGGACGCGUUGCAUGUGGCCGUCGAAAAAUGGCAUGUCACACAAGUUUUGCAGGUACAACCCAAACCACCAUCUCUCAAUUGACCGACCAGCCUCCCACCCAGCAUCUUUGAAGGCCAAGUUCACAUGUCCAUUUUGGGAUUGCCUUGACCCUUUCCGAUUUUUGCGCGGUUAAUGUGGAUGUAGCAAACCUGGGCGCUCAAACCAUGCGGCGAGUCAUUUGUGUGGCUGUAGUCGUGGUGGUGGUGGUUGUGAUACCAGAGUGUGAGAGUGAUUGUGCGCGCAAUCAAGCUGCGUCACUUCUCAGCUGGACGGUUGGAUGGGUGGAAGGCGUGGGCGAGUGCUACCUAGGUAGGAGGGGCAGACAACCCAAAAGUACCCACCGUGGCUACCUAGCUCCAGCCCAAACCCUCCAAGAGCAACAAAUCAGAGGCCAAAGAGACAAAUGUGACGGCACAGAAAAACGACAACGAGCCACAGACACACACGCCCAAUGCCAUCGUCAUCCGUGCUGUUGUUGUUGGUAUGCUUGCUCGGAGGCUUGCGAACCAACCAAGCCCAGUUGACCCGUCCUGGCACCGCCAGCAAAUGUACUAGGCAUCGGUACCAACGCGAUGCCUAGAACGCCGGGCAAGACGAGACGACGCCCAGUCCCAAACAAGAGACAUGCGGUGAAGCCGCUGGAUCACGGCCUUUCCGCUUCCUCCUCCUCGUUUCCUCCCUGCCGGCGAACUUGAUGGCCGUGCUCGGUACUACCGUGCGACAAUGUGACGCCGAACCGACGACGAGUCGUGCCCUACCCGUGGCUUGCAACACGGCUUGCACCUCUUGGAUCGUACAUACUUCGCACGUACAUAGUGGUCGGCCACAGGCACCAUGGAUCAUGGGCCCCUCAACCAUAGGAGCUCGCAGCAAGGACCAGGGGACCACGGCUUUACAGACAGACAGACGCCGCCUGCCGAUCCCAGCUGAAUCCAGCUAGACCCCGUCCGCAUUCCCGUCCGCCGUCUGGCGAGCGACUUCAUGGUGGAUUGGGCUGGUAUAGGGUGUUCUCAGCUGGUCGAAGUGACAUGUCCUGAUCAUGUUCAUCCCCCCGGUCGGCUCCUCGUACAAAUGCAACGGUCCGCAUGGGGGUGCACA